AUGAAUAUCCAUGAGAAUGCUCGUACUAUUGGUUUGGUGAAUACUGCUGUUGGGAAGGGAACUAGGAGAGAGCAAUUUUCAGUAACUAUUGAAACGACAAACUCUAAGGAAACAUCAUCUUUGAAAGAUGUUUCAACAGAUGAUGAAAAGUUUCGUCCUUCUAGGAUUCCACCACUCAUAUGUACUAAACCAAUCUCAAUGAACAAUCUACCAUCAAGUGUUAACCUAUCUGAAGAAGAAAAGCAGAAGGAAUUGUGUGAAAGAGAGUAUGGAUGUGGUCUUUUGCAAACAUGGAAGCAACAAGCUAUUGAAAUGUGUGAAAAGGACGAUUAUGUCAUUCCAAGUUCUGGUCUUAUUGAUUUGGAAAAGAAGAAGGAGAUGGAAACUAAUCAAGCCACUCUCACAUGUUACAAGAACAAUAACAAACAUGUUGAUUCGGAUACAUUUCCACACACUGUUUGUGAAUCAAGUAAUUUGGUGAUGGAUUUUUCAAAAUUGAAACGAGUGCCAUGUUUAAAGUACAGACCUGGUUAUAAUUGUAAAAGGAAAACCUAUUACACAUACUUGGCAGGAGCUCUUCUUGGCAAGUGUAAGAGAAAUCCAGUGAAUUUGGAUCUUUCUCAAUUUUCAAAACACUUUGGAAAGGAAAUUUUCUCAAGUUUCAAAACAUUUAAGGAAGAAAAUUUUAAGGAAAAGAAGGAUAAGGUUGAAUACAUUGAUGGAGUGACUAUUUUCGUUACUAGAGAACAAGAUGAUCACGCCAAUUUGUUUCAUGCCUUGUCAGAUUUCUUUGCAACUUUUCAAAUGAUUGAAAUGUUCAAAUUGGAUAGUAAGAAUGUUCAAAUUGUAUUGUUGGAUGAACAUUACGAAUCUCCAUAUGACUUUUUGUGGAAUUCUACCUUCUCCUUGAAGAGACCUGCUAGAAAAGCUUCCUAUUUCAAGGAAAAAACAGUUCGAUUUGAAAGAGCCAUCUUUCAACAUGCUGGAGUGGCCACUCAACUCAAAUCCAAUUUGUUAGAUUUUUCAGAGUUUGAUCCAAGCCAAUGCAAAUCCAAAGUUAGACUCGUAACUGCCUUUUCAGAUAGAAUUCUAAGCACUCUAGGAAUAGAAAAGAGAAGACCUUCUUUCUCAUCAUCAGAUGAAAUGAUUAGAGGACUUUUUGUGAGCUCGGGAAAAAUCACAAACGAAGAUGAAGUUUUAAUCAAUUUGAAAAAGCAUCCAGAGUAUGGUUAUACCUUUACUUUAGAACGAAUUGAUCUCAAUAAGUUUUCAUUUGUAGAGCAAGUGAAACGAGUUCAUCAAGCUGAUUUUCUUAUUGGUUAUCAUGAUCUUGGAUUGACAAAUAGUUUGUUUCUUCCAGAUGGAACUUCAGGACUAUUGGAAAUUUGGAAAACUUACAAGACACGAAGUAUGAGAUCAUUUGAACAGUAUUCUAGAUGGAAAGGGAAUGAAUAUACACUAUGGACAAACAUGGAUAUGAAAGCUAUUAAUGGAGAUAAUCUGACUGUCAAACUAGAAUCAUUUCUUCAGACAUUUGGUAUUUUCUUAACAACUUUGAGAAAUUCAAGAGCCAAGUAA